AUGAGCGCCGUCGCAACAGUCGACAGCGCGUAUGCGUUCACUGCCGCUUCCUAUGCCAUCAUCCUUACUCGCACCUUGCUUCGACGUCUCAAACACGAAAGACUUCUUCCUGAUGACUACCUCAUACUCUCUGCGAUGAUUUUCUAUGCCUUCAAUACAGCUGUCUACCCCAUCACUGCCUUCUACGGGACGAACCUCACAACGAAAGAUCCGAAGAGCCUGAGCCCUAACGAGCUGGAACAUGGUAUGACUACUUCUGGAUAUUCGCAGGCGAAGUUUCCAAUCCUCAUCUACCACACAGUGAUCAUCGGUUCGAAAUGGCUUUUGAUCGGUAGACCUAUUUACAUGUCGUACUUGUGGACCCUCAAAGCUUGCAUUUUGAUUUUCUACGCUCGACUCACGGCACGAACGACAGACCUCCUCUCUGUCAAACUAGCUGCAGGUUUGCUUGCUGCUACAUGGGUUAUGAACUUGUUUACAUACUUUUUUGAAUGUCGACCUAUUUGGCUGUACUGGCAAGUACUUCCUGGUCCGCCACAGUGUGCUAAAGCUGUUGGCUCAGUAAUCAUAUUUGGAACGACCGACAUUCUAACUGAUCUUGUCAUCAUGAUCAUACCGCUCCCGCUUAUCUUUCGAGCAAAGAAGCCACUCAAGACGAGAAUCCAGAUCUCGUCAAUUUUCUUCCUUUGGAUCUUUGUGAUUGUUAUUUCAGCACUGACGAUGGCCAUCUUUCUCGAGCACCUCGAUGAGCGGAGACAAAUGAUAUGGACCCAGCUUGAAUGUUUCUUUGCUACUGUCGCCGCCAAUGCUCCGAUUAUCCAUGGCCUUUGGCGUCACGGAUGUUUACACAUUCGCCAAGGAAGGUUCGGACCAGAAAUAUGUGCCCCUGUACCCGAAUACAAUCUGAAUGUCCGCGCUGCUACAGCAGAAGCCGAAAUCUGUUCUCAAGAGGUCCCAAGAUCAAGUCGAGGCUCUCUCGGAUUACGCGUUUCUGGUGGUAUUCGCAGAUCGAUUCGGAAGAUCAAUGAGAGGAUACGAAGUAGUUUCGACGACGCCCAUAUCGAACAAUCCAUAACAAUCUUACAGGAAACCAGGACUGGACGAAUAGAACACCGCAGUAGUGAAGCCGGACCUGCUGAUAUGUUCAUGGGUCCUGCGAAAACCCUUGGACAUGUGAGCACGGAGAUCUCCUGUGGAAACCCUCCUAUCAAACCAAAACAUGAAUUUGCCAGACUGAAAAUGCUACACGGUCAUGAAUCACGAUGA